AUGGCCAUAUCUCCGAGCUUCUGUUCUCUACCGCAGGGAUGUGGUGGACCAUUCCUGCAGAUUCGGUUCGGUGUUGCGUGGACGAAAGGACGAGCUCUGGCUUGGAAACUCCGAGGAAGGGAGGGCGGCUGCUGCCUCCUUGCUGCCAGUGCCGUACUUCUUGGGAGACGCAGAGCCUUGAGGUCGAGGAUCUCGGUGGUCCUUGGACGCAAGGCGCAGGAGUGGACCGAGCUUCUCGUGGACGGAGAUUCGCAUUCACGGGAUGAUAUUUCUUGGGCUUUGCAGAACCUGCGCUCACGUGGCCAGCCGGUGAAGACGACGAUUUUCGCCGCACCGGCCCGGCUUCAGAAUGGCAAGUGGUAUGAUUUCGUGCGAGAGCAAGGGCUGCGGUUCCAUGGUGUGCAGAGGGCCACGGGUUACAAGGAUCCCAACGACGAAGCGAUCGUCGACUGCAUGAAGAAGCUGGUCAUGCUUGCUGGUGUGAGCCGAAUAGCUCUGCUAACAUCAGACUCUGACUUUCUGCGAGGCGCACAGCAUGUUUGCGAGGCUGGCGGGAAAGUCGUGGUGCUGGUGCCCGAAUCCCAGACGGGCACACGGAAGACUUACGCCGACGCGGGCCUCGAAGUCGUUCCCAUCGUCCGAGCUGGAGCCAGGCAGUGUCCAAGAGUGAAGGCCUAUCUUCAUUCCGAUGGCACGGGAUCCCUGGAACGGUGCGAGCCGGUCCAGCCCCCAUUUGUUCGAGGGGAAGUGGCCAAGCUGCAUACCUUGCUGGAGCAGCUGGGUCUCUGGCAAGGGCCAGAUUCAAAACUCUCCACCUGCAUUGCCAAGUGCUGGUUCGCCAACUCCCUCGGCACCCUCACCCUCUUCCCCUUUCAUUGUGCUAUCUCGGAGCUCCACCAAGCACUUUCCGCAGAGACGGGCGACUGCAGAGGAAUCUCCUCCCCUCCACUCGCCUUCUUCUUCCCGAUCGGCAGCGGCACGCCGACGGCGAAGCAAAAGACUACCUUUGGUGGAAGUCGGGCGGCGAGCAUUUUUCAGGGAGGUGGCCCCUUCAUGCUGCAUGAUUCGGACUCUUUGCCUUCGAGGCUCCUGAGGAGAUUGGGCUACUUCGACGACCACCUGAAUGCAGACCUCCGGGAGGCCAUGCUGGUUUUUGCAAACAUGCAGGGCAACAAGCGGCUCCUGAGGGAGGCUCGGUCUCUUCCGGACCCUGAGGACGGCAUCGGAGAACUCUCGGGCUUGCUACGGCAGGCCUUUGUCUCGAACGCUUGCUCUGGGCACUGGCAACUGCCGCCGAAGGAUGUGGACGCAAGAGGGAUGCUGGUGAGGAAGUGCUACCUGGAGAGCCCCCAUCAAAGCGAGUCCGACGUCCUCGAAGCCAUGCAACAGUACUCGCGGCGCCAUGGGCUGCCCAAGAUGAAGACCUACCUGGGGAAUGUGUGGCAGCUCCUCCGGAACAAGAACAGUCGAGAUCCAUCCCGCAGGGAGUCGUUUCUCCUCGGACUCGGUCGUUAA